CUAUCAACGCAGGAUGAACUAGUGGGAACAGAAACACUAUGGCUGCCAGUCUCUCCUUGACUCAGCUUUCAAGUGGGAAUCCUGUCUAUGAGAAAUACUAUCGACAGGUAGAUCCGUCCAGCAGUGGGCGUGUAGGAGCUGCUGAUGCAGCCUUAUUUUUAAAGAGAUCUGGCCUUACAGACCUGGUCCUUGGCAAGAUAUGGGACUUAGCAGAUUCAGAUUGCAAAGGCUCGCUAAACAAGCAGCAAUUUUUUGUCGCCCUCCGUUUGGUGGCAUGUGCUCAGAAUGGAUUUGAAGUGUCUCUUAAGAGCUUAAAUGCUGCUGUCCCUCCCCCAAAGUUUCAUGACACUAGCAGUCCUCUUCAGUUUGGCCCCGUGCCCACGGACUGCCCAUGGGUUGUCAAGGCAGAGGAGCAUCUGAAAUUCGAUGCCAUCUUCGACAGCCUCUCUCCAGUGGGUGGCAUGCUCACGGGCGAUAAGGUCAAACCAGUGCUCCUCAAUUCUAAACUCCCUGUGGACGUUCUUGGCAGGGUUUGGGAGCUCAGUGACAUUGACAGAGAUGGCAUGCUGGACAAAGAUGAGUUUGCUGUGGUCAUGCAUUUGGUAUACAGAGCCCUGGAGUCCGAGCCAGUUCCCAUGUCUCUACCUGCCGCUCUGAUAAACAAUGCUGUCACAGUACAAGCUGCCGAUUUCUCCGCAAUUAAAGAGUUGGACUCACUCACUAAUGAAAUCGUGGACCUACAGAAGGAGAAGAGUGUGGUGGAACAGGACAUCAAAGAGAGGGAGGAAACUAUACGACAGAGGACCAGCGAAGUCCAGGACCUGCAGGAGGAGGUUCAGAAGGGCUCGGAGGAGCUGAGCCACCUGCAGGCAGAUCGACAGGAGGUGCAGGAGAAGCUGGAGAGGCUGGACGAGCAGAAACGCUCUCUAGAGGAGCAGCUCAGACUCAUACAGCAACAGUGCAGCCAGGAAAGCCAGCUGAUCCAGUCAUUGCAGGUGGAGCACUCCGAGCAGGAGCAGAGAAUUGGUGACUAUGAGGAGGAGUUGACCAGAGCCCGAGAAGAACUGCUCCACCUGCAGGAGGAGACGCGUCAACUGGGAGAGAAAGUUCAGUCUGCCCGUGCUCAACUCUGCCCCCUUGAGGAUGCUGUUAAAGAAUCCCACACACAGAUUGCUCAGGAACAGAAGCGAUUGGCCGAGUUUAAAACGGAGGCGAGAGAAGUGACUGCAAGGCUUACUUGGAAAAUCCUGGAGGAGCCGGUGCUCGUCAACGGAACAGCGCCCUCCUCUGAGCAGCUGGAGCAACUGCAGUGGCCUCAACCCACAGCACAGCCGCCAGAGAAACCCAAAGAGGACAAAGUCCAGGAUGAAGAGGAGCAGUCAUCUGUGGAUGAGCUGCAGGAGCUCAGAGUCACAGAGGAGCAGCUCGGGUCAGAGGCAGAAGAGCCAUCCACCAGCCCAGAGGAGCAAGAGCCUAAAGCUGACUUUUAUAGCUCUGACCUUUACAACAGUGGGUUAUCCACUGCCAGCUCCACUACUAUGGCCUGGCCUCAGGGGAUUACGGAAAGCACAACACAAGCUAAUCCAGAGCCAGAGGUAGAGGAGGAGAAGGAAAAGGAAAAGGCUGAGGCAGAAGAGCCUGCCACCAGCACCCCAAAGCUGGAAACUGUGGAGCCAGAGAAGAAGGAAGCUGCCCAGCCAGUUACAUUGCCACCCACUAACCCACCUAGCGGUCCUGGUCUUGACUUCUUCCAUUCGGACCCAUUCACUGACAGUGAUCCAUUCACUGAAGACCCUUUCUCAAAAGUUGACAUUUCAGAUCCUUUUGGUGGGGACCCUUUUAAAGGCACAGACCCGUUUGCUGCAGACAACUUCUUCAAGCAGUCUUCAGUUGGUUUCCCAUCAGGAGAUCCUUUCGGUUCCUCAGACCCAUUCACUGCCACCACAGGCCCAAAAGAGCCUGAUCCAUUCACAUCCAGGACCAGUAAUGCUGUCACUCCAGACCCAUUUGCUUCCGGUAGUGGGAACGUCCAAGACACUGAUCCGUUCGGAUCCAAAAUGGAUGCCCUGGGAGACUCUGAUCCCUUCAGCUCGACUGGCACAGGACACGACCCAUUUGGAGGAUCAGAUAUUCCUGCAAGAGAUGGACCAGCAGCAGCCAAUGAUCCUUUUGCUCCAGGAGGAACUACAGUGGCCACUAACUCAGACCCAGAUCCCUUUGCUGCAGUAUUUGGCAAUGAGACUUUUGGAGGAGGUUUUGCAGACUUCAGCAGCUUAGCAAAGUCUAAUGGCAGCGAUCCAUUCAACUCGAGUACAAACAAGAAUUUAUACAAGGAGGACACUCAGUCAGAUGUUCCUCCAGCAUUACCGCCCAAAACCGGAACACCUGCCAGACCUCCACCUCCACCCCCAGGUAAACGGUCCAACAUCCACCGAUCGGAUUCGUCCGAAUCAUUUCAGAGGCGUGGUCUGUUCAAGGCUCAGGGCUCUGGAGAGUUCUCCUCCCUUCCCGCUAAAGACUCGGUACCAGACCCCUUCGCCCCUUCCUCACCCCACCAAGCCCCACGCGACCCCAACCGAUUCGCCAGCUUUGACAAAUACCCCACAGAGGAGGACAUGAUAGAGUGGGCGAAGCGGGAGAGUGAAAGAGAAGAGAGGGAGCGUGUGGCUCGUCUGACCCAGCAGGAGCAGGAGGAUCUGGAGCUGGCGAUAGCCCUCAGCAAAUCUGAACUGUCCUGACCCAAACUGGAUAGCUGGAUAGAAUCCUUCCACCUGCAUCUCCAGCCACUUGAUAAUCAUCUAGGUUUCCCUCUGAAUGUCCGCUGAGUUCUCCCGGUGUCCGGUUGGCUGGAUAAUGUAUGAAGGCCAAGUCAAGAUGGAGUUAAAGGUAACAGGCUCACUGCAGCCUAUAUGGCUUGAAACCUCUGGUGUGACUCCCUUUGUUUUUAAAUAACCUCAAAUCAAUGGAGCUCCACUAAUCUGCCGCUUUCAAUUAUUAUUAUUUUUUUUAAAGAUCUGAUGUCCAGUUCAAUGUAAUUGAACAAGUGUUUCUGAACAAAUCUAUACCCAUCUAUUUGAAGUUUAUUUUAGGGUGAUUAUAAUAAGGUUACCAGUGCAGUAAAUGUAUUUAGAUCUGUUACAUGGAGGCUUAAAGAAAUCCAUAACAAGUGUUCCAAGGUUCGUUCUCUUCCUUUUUUGGGUAAUAUUAACACAUUUGUUCAAAGUUUACAAGCAGCCAAACUGGGCAGCUUCUUUCGCUUUUCAAAGUUUCAGCAAUAGUUCUUUGAAACAAGAGGUUUUUAUUGUGGGCAUGUCUGUCCACUCUCAGGAACGAAUCCCACAAGCUAUAAAACCUCAUUACCGCAACCUGAUCAGUGGAUUUCAGCUAUAAUUGAAGCUGAGGUGCUUGUAACAUUAUCAGCUUACAUAAACCACUACUGCAACUGAAUUUAUGCUAAAAGAAACCACUGAUGAACUUUAGAAAAGAACAACCAUGUAAACGCAAUUUUACCUUUAUAAUCUUAACAGUACAGCAUUUAUACUUUACUCAUUCUGUCCUUUUGAAGAAUCGUAAUCUUGACAAACUACUAAGAGACAUUAUUUGACAUUGCAAAUUUAUAAAUAGCUGAUAUAAAUAAUGAAAAUUUACAUAUUUGUGAAUUGUUUGUCAGUAAUCUUGUACUACGGUGUAUUCAUACCUUAAAACGUAUUGUAUUUUAUAAAAAAAAAAACAUGUAGAAUAUAGAAAGCUUGCUUAAUAAAAAAUGUCCCUUCUGUCUUAUUCCUAAUGACAAGUGCCGAAGCAAUGGGAUCAAAGGUGAUUUAAAAAAUGUGGCACAAAAUGUGGAGCAAGUCUUGUUAACUGAGUUUCAGAAAACAAAUUUUAUGAGUAAAAAAAAAAAAUAUAUAUAUAUAUAUAUAAAAUUGAGCAAUAUUAAGUCAGGCAGUGAUAUUUUCUGUAGUGCCUACCUGUUCAGCCUUGCCUUGGAGAGAGAAAAUCAGCUUGUGGUGAAUCAAAGAUGAUAAAUUGUUAAACAUUUAAUAGCAUUACUCUUCUCAAAAGCACCCUUAAUGCUCCAAUGCAAUGUUUCCAGUGUCAAUUAGGAUAUUAGAACCAGCUGCUCUUUUAUUCAUCUUGCACAACAUUCAGUCACUCCCACAUUUCAAAAGAUGCCUAAGCACUCUCUGGGGAUCAAUACUGCACAGUUGGUUGCAUUUUCGUGUGCACAAAUUGGUAUAAGCUUUACAGACAGUGAAUUUAAACUUAAUACCAGUGCAUUUAUCAUUAUAAUUAUUAUAUUUGCAACAUGUCAUAAACAUUUCAGUUGUCUGUAUCUGACAUUUCAGUUGUCUGUAUCUGGACUCACUGAAAUGCAACACACUGCAUGAAAGACAAGAACCUGCUCCUUGGAGCCUUCAGUGACCACAAUAGAUGUGCUUUGUGAAGGUUUUCUUUCACACAGACUUUAUAUAUGAAAGCAUCUGACAGCAUAAUGGAAGAAUGUGCUCCUUUUUUGAAUGCUUUGUCAGACAAUGUUUUUUUUUCCAGUAUUGGCCUUUGAAAUCAAUAUUUGCUUUUUGGUUCAGGACUCUAUCUUAGCUUUGGGCACAUACAAAUGUGGCGG